CGUGCUAGUGAUUUUGAAUGCGGCAACAGAAGAUUCGGGACAGUUUGGCGAAGUAGUUGAAGUUGAAGGUAAUUUAAACAUGGGAAUACCUCGAUAGGUAGAACAAAAUCGAGAUAAUGUAAGUUGCUCAUUGCGACUAAUUCAGGCUACUGUGUACAAGGUCAACUGUGGGUCGAAAAUAACAAACUUUAUUCAACCGCUAGCAGCAAACGAACUACCUUGCGCUAUUAGCCGUUAGCCAACGCCCAAAUUGUUCAUUAGUCAACCAGCCAACGGACAAGUUAGCGGUUAGACGACCUUUGCCGAACAAGUCCCGUUGUCUCCGACAGUGGACCUUUUGAGAGACCGCACAGCUGUCCGUGGACGUCGUGACGGGCACAGAUCUGGUUUGCUCCACCGGGAACAUGGCGUUUUGAGGGACUUAAAUCAGACAUUUUUCCCUAUCAGUGUGUAUUAACUAGGAUGUCGGACAGUGAGUCUAUAAAGAAAAUGCUGCGGUCUGUACUUCAGUCCAGCAAGGCCGGCGUAUCUGUUACCAGCCUCCAGUCAGAGUACCGGUCACUGUGCGGAGAGAGCAUCCCGCUGAAGAGGCUGGGCUACUCAAAACUGGAGGACUACCUUAGAAGUGUCCCCUCUGUGGUCCGGCUGGAGCACCGCAUGGGUGAGUUGAAAUGCUUUGCCGCAGUGUGCCAAGAGACGGCCCAUAUUGCUGAGCUGGUGGCCAAGCAGAAGAGCUCCAAGAAAGCUGGUUGUUCCCAAGUCGUCAACUGCAGGAUGAGAUUCAAACCUUCCAACCCCUACAUGCUCAAUGUGAGGCCAAGGUCCUCUCUCCGCCAGCCCUCAGCAGGUGGUGCCUCUAACUGGUCAGCAAACCGUUCUCGGCCCCAUGGUGGCUACAGGGGCUUCAGUGCGUCAGGAGACUACAGGCAGUUGGACCAAAGGUUAAGCCCCAUCACACCUGUUGAACACAGACAACCGGCUCCUCAACCAGCUCUGAAACAAUGUGUCAUGCCUGACAGGAAAGAGAAGAGCUUGGCAAACUGGCAGAAGCCUAGAGAGGAGCCUCCUGAACAAGCCUCCAGACCAGACCAAUCCCAGUCUAGUCUGUAUGAUGUGGAGCUGGUGCAGAGCAGAAUAAUUCGACUUCUGGAGAAGUACAGCAGUGGACUGUGGAUGUCGAAAAUAUCAGAGGUCUACAGUGAAAUGUUCGGUCAGACGGUCCACCCUCAGGUGCUCAUAGACCUGGAAAAGUGGACAUACAUCUGUAUGGUGGAGCAACCUUCCUGCACUAACCGAGCUGACCAGCUGGUCUACCCUGCUUUUCUUCCCAAGUCCGCUAUUGUCCCUAGAAGUAGCACCAACAACUCCACUUCAGCAUCACCCACCAAGUCAAGUGCUAUAACCACCCCCAUUUCUUCACGUCCCUCAACGCCUGAAGAACUCUUUACCCAUGCCGACUCUUCCCCUGUUCCUAAACCCAGAGUUUCCCCCAAAAACCCCUUGGCUAAACCCACUUUCAUUUUUCCUCCACAACCUGUCACUGCCUCUUCAGGGAGGAUGUUGUCCUCAAUCACGUUGCGUAGCCCUGUCCACAACAUAGGUCCUGCUUCCCAACUGCCCCCAUACUCCAAUCUUGCAGUUAAUGCCAAUAGUGCAUGUAAAGAUAAUCAUAACUUGACUACAACUACAAACAACCGAAACACUCAGCUCUUAGCCCCUACAUGGACUUGUGCUGACUCAACCAAUGCUUCUGCAGUGGCUUCCUCUCUCCAUCCUGGGCCUGACAUUUUACCCCUUUUGAAGGUCACCUUUUCCCCUACCUCUGAUUCUGCCCCUUUCUCCAAAUCUUCUGCUUUUGUUGUGUCAGCUGAGGUGCGUCAGAGAAUAAAGGAGCUUCUGUCAAAGUACAGCAACGGUUUGUGGGCCCAUGCUUUGCCUAAACUGUUCAUGGACACAUACAAGACGCCAUUCCCUGAACAUGUCCUGGAUAACUUGUCUCUUUUGAUGGAUGUAUGCUCUGUGGAGUACCCCAUGCCACAUGACAAGAAGAAGGCCAUCCUGUAUAAAUCCAGCAGAGCAGACACAGAAGCCACAGACAGCCAAGAAAGCCAGCAGUGCACAAGUCAUCCCCUCCCCUCUGGUCUUGAGGUCCUGGGCCCUGCGAUUCCUCCCUGUUUGGUUCUACCCUCAGAGCAGUAUCCUUCUGUGCUGAUUACUGAUGCUAAGAACAGUAAUGCUGUUACUAUAAGGUAUGUAGGGGAGAACUACUCCAAUGCCCAGGAGGCCAUGGAGGAUGCAAUGCGCUCCUUCUACAGCCCAUGCUAUUCCCACCGUCUUCUGUCUAACCCUGUUGUUGGUCAGCUGGUAGCAGUCAGAGGAGAGGAUGGAGACGAGCUGGCCAGAGCUCAGGUCAUGGAGGUUAUGGCCCCUAACAAGGUCAAGGUAUACUACGUUGACUAUGGCUUUUCUGUGGAGACAAGUGGGAGUAAUAUGCUGGAGCUGCAUCAGGAUUUCCUCUGUCUGCCCUUCCAGGCUACUAAUGUUAGACUCGCAGGUUUAGAGACCUUCAGCUCCCAUCCACUUGUCCUGUCCUCCCUUGACAAGUUUGCAGUUGGAAAAAUCCUACUGAUGGAGACAUUAGAGCCAUGUAAACAGAAUGAGAUGCCUGUGGCAGUGCUGUACGACACUUCACAGGAUGAUGACAUUAACGUUAACUCCACCUGUCUCAAGACUCUGCAGGACAAGACCAUGAACAAUCCUCUAGCUGUAAAUGUUACAUAUCAGGACGUGUGUGUCACAAAUGUGUGUGCAGAUGGCAUCAUCUACUGCCAGCUGCCCUCCAGAGGAACAGCCAGACUCAGAAGGUUACUGGGAAAAGCAGAGGCCUUCUUCAUCUCCCAGAUGACAUCUGAGUCCCUGGUGUGCAGACCCUUCAAUGGCAAGUUGUGUCUGUCCCGCUACAAAGGAAAGUUGUCCAGAGUGGAGGUCACCAACAUGUACAGCAACAGAGUGAUGGAGAUCCUCUUCAUUGAUUUGGGUAUCCAAGCAACUGUAGAGGUGACUGAUCUCCGAGAGAUUCCCCCUGUUUUCUGCAAAGAUUUCACCAUCAUCCCACCACAGGCGAUCAAAUGUUGUCUGGCUGACCUCAAAGUUAUAGAGGGAGACUGGAGCCCAGAGGCUGUUCUGUGGGUGAAGGAGGCUGUCCUCGGAUCUGAUGACUGUAAAAUAAAGAUCUUGAGAUUAGGCCAGCACAAAGGGGACCAGCUGGUCUAUAUGUACCUCUUCCUCGGUACUGACAGCCAGAGACUGGACAACAGCAUCAACCAUCAGCUGGCUGAAUCAGAGUUGUGGCAGAAACUAACGACACAGAACAACAACACAAAAACCAGCAGUAAGACUAGCCUGGAUACAGGUCUCAGUGCUCUAUGGGAGAAGUUGACUCUGAAUAGCUCAGUCCCGAACCCUGUUGUUAAGGUCUCAACCCAGCCUUGUCAUGGAGCAGAGGACUCAUCUCUCCUAGAUAUGACCACCAAAACUUCGAGGCAGCCACUUCCAAUGCCUCCCCCACUGCAGCUUCCCCAGCCUGGUCAGAACAUGGAUGUUUUUGUGCCAGUGGCCUUCCACCCUGGUUACUUUGUGCUGCAGCCAUGGCAGGACCUGCAUAAGCUGGUGGUGUUGAUGGGGGAGAUGAUCCUCUAUUAUAACCAGACGUGGACAACCAACAGAACCCCACACAUCCAGAAAGGAGACGUCUGUGCUGCAAGAAUAGACAAGAAUUGGCACCGCAUUCAGGUGAAGGGGGUUCUAGCCAAUGGGUUGGUGUCUGUCUACGAGCUGGACCACGGCAAACAUGAGCUGGUCCGCAGUAAUCUUAUCAAGCCCCUGUUAGAGGAAUUCAGACAGCUGCCCUUCCAGGCUAUCACUGCACAACUUGCAGGUGUGACACAGCACCAGUGGUCAGAGGAGAGCUCCAUGUUAUUCAGAAACCACGUGGAGAAGCGAGCACUGGUAGCUCAGGUGGAGAGUGUGCAGCAGGCGUCUGAGGUUAAAGGUGAGCUGUGGGAGUGCCGGUUGACAGUUUACCUUGUGGACACCUCAUUGGAGGACAGGGACCUUUGGAUUCACAGCAUCAUGGCCAACAUUGGCGGUGAACUGUCUUCUGCUGCCUAGGAUGUCUCCUCAAGCACAGUGGGAAAUAAUCAGUAAGCAGACUCUGACUGUAAAUGUAUAAAUGUAUUUUUGAACCAGCCACUGUUUUUGAUGUUUAUUUUCAUUUUCUAAAAACUGUGAAAAUGCUCUGUGAACUCGAGAAGCCAAGUGUUUUUACCAUUUUCACCAUUCUGGAUCUUUCUCCCAUCACAGACUUUAAAGAAGUCUUCCUAAUUUUUGGGGUCGUAGCCAAGGGUUUUGUGAACAUGAGACUUAGGGUAUUGUUAUAUUGAGUAAUUUUCCUGAAUUUAAGGACCGACAAACUGUUGCAUUUGUCUCAGAGGAGUGCAGUAUUGAAUACAGUUAAAUUAAACAUUUAGGAGGAAAAAGAUGGUAAACAAUUCACUACAUCAUAUGUUACUAUUGCCAGUCUUACAAAUAAUUAUUUUGAAACAAACUCAACUCACUUUGAUUCAUCAACCUUUUUUUGUUCCUUCAAGUUAACUCACCUGUGUGUUGCAUGUUUUGUUAUGAAUCUAUUCCUUCAUUCAUUUGUUUUGGUUUAUUGUGGCUCAUUUUGCACUUCAUUUUGUGUACAUAAUAAUAAUAAUAAUUUUGUUAUUACAGUAAUCCAAUUUAAAUGACUUCACUGCAUGAAACCGUGUAGUUGUGAAAACUUGACUGAUUGAAACACCUUACUUAAUAUUAUCUUGUGUUACUUGGCUGAAAAGAAUAAGUUGUAAUAUUUCUAGUGUUGUUUGAACAUGAAAAGCUGUGCAGAUUUAUUCUAUUAAAACAUGGAGCCAAAUAAGGAUGCACUUUGAAUGAAAGCUUUAAAAAAAAAAAAAA